AUGGAGCGCAGGAAGAAUAGGCCGGGGCGAAGGAAGCGGCAGCGGCCACCGUCGGACCGGACGGCGGACCCGGAGCUCCAGAAGUUGUACCAUCGGCUCCUGCGGCCGUUGUCGCUGUUCCCAGGCGAGGGGGUACGGAUCCCGGCGACCCCCGAGCCGCUGCCCACGUCUCCGCAGUUGGAGAGAGGUUCCCGAGUGGGCCGGGACUCCUACUUCAUGGAGCAGCUGUCUCCGGGCUCGCUGUGCAUGCUGGUGUCGGAGCGGCUGUCACGCUUGGGCCACGCGCCCGAAGUGCCCCCCGAGGGCCGGCAGCGGCUGGCCGAGGUCAUCCUGUCGGAGCUGCAGUAUGGCUGGCAGAUGCCGGAGCCCGAGCCAGGCCUCAACCCGCGGGACCAGCAGAAACUGCGCCAGCGCGUGGAGACUCACGUGGUGCUGUCUUCGGAGCAGCUCUUCCUGCGCUACCUGCACUUGCUGAUCACCCUGUCGGUGCCCGAGUCCGUGCUCACCGAGCCCGCCACGCUCACUCGCCUGUCUGCCUGCCUGGCCACCGACUGCACCCGCUUCCUCACCAGCCCCCUGGUCUACCGCCGCCUGGUCUCCGACUUCAAAGACCUGAAGGGUCUCCGCUCCUUCCUGAAGAAGGGCACAGGGGCCAUCAAGCCGGACGAUUUCCGCAAGCAGGCCCUCAUUCCACAGCAAACCAUUGGCACCUUCCAGGCCUCCAAGCUCUGUCCUCUGCCCUGGCCGCACAGCACGGGAUUCUCUCAGAUCCCGUGCUCAGCCCUGAACAUGAGUUACUUGAUUCACUUGAGCCGGCCGGCGGACUUCCUAGGCAAGCCUUGUCUGGACCGGUUAAAGGGGCUGCGGUCCAUCCCGGACCUGGACCAGAAGAAGUACCUGCGCUGGCUACCCACCCUACCCCCCAAGUUCCCCAAGGCGCCUGAGAGCGGCGCUGCAGUUAAGGCUCACCCUCCGGGGGUUUUGAGCUUGGAGGCAGAUCUGGAGUUGGGGACCUUCCUGCAGCUCCAUAACCCCCGGAAGUGCCGCUCUUUGCCCAGCCUGAGAGAAGGUUGGAAGCUUUCAAAUGAACUGGGCAUCCGUUCACCUCCCCCUCGAACUUUGACGCCACUGAUCCUCGGCUGGGAAACCAGAACAGAGGCCUUCGUGGGCACAGCUUCGGAGGACCUCAAGCACAUGAUGAAAACCUUCGAAGUGGAGCUGUCCAAGAAGCCCCAGCAAAGCUCAGCCCUGCCCCCUCUCCUCGGAGCCCUGACUCGGGGCCCCAAGGGCAACUUUCGAGUGGAAGAGCUGCAGAGAACUCUGAGGACUCUCCAAGAAGAAGAAGCCUCCGGAAAGUGGGACCACAAGCCCACCCUGGCAGCUACUGUGCAUCCACAGCCUGUUACCGUGGCCCUGAAGCUGAAGGACCAGAUCGUGAUGCAGGCAGCAGCUGUCCGAGUCUCAGAGCGGGCCUUCCAUGACAGCUUCUUUGUGAAGGAGAAAAGCGUUCUCUAUAACCACCUGUCUGGUGAGUUGGACAGCAAGAUCGUAGAAGAUCUGGACACCUUACUCUUUGCUGGGGCCAGCAUCCAGGAGAUCUACAAGGAGCUUCUGAGUCGAGUCUCUGCAGACUAUCUGCUCUUUGACAGGGGGCCCCUGGUGGAGCCUGCAUCGGAAAAGGACUGGUCAAGCCUUAUGGCCUCGGCCUUGCUGAACAGAGAUCCCACGAUGCGAAUCAUCAACCCUGUCCUCGAUGGCAUAGGAAAGCACAGAAUGCAUUCCUUAACCUUGGAUCCAUCUCCCCCACCCCCCACCCCCCAGCCUCCUAAGCAGUGGGUCAAAAGUAAGGCUUCCUGGAUGCGCUGGUGGAGAGCCACGCUGACCCCAGAUGACUACUUCUUGUACCUGGCCACUCAGGAGUGCGACUUCCUUCACGUGAUCUUCCACAUGUACCCAGAAGAUGAACCUGUGCAGGCUCUCACCAUCUCCAAAGAAAUACUGGAGCUUCCACCCCUGCCUCCACUGGCACAGGAGGAAGAGGCCGGGGAGUUUGUGCCAGGUAUCUGGGAUGCCAACUCUGUCCUAGAAGAUGGCCUGGGAGCUGAAGGGAGCAAAUCCCUAGGGGACCAGAGAAGAGUGAAGCGGCUGCAGAGACGACUUGAGAGGAUCUGGGCAGCUCUGCAGGUGCCAGACAAAGAUCGGCUAGACAUGGCUAUCAAGUACAGCACCAAUGCCCGGGUGGGGCAGCUCCCCGCCCUGGUGAGUGCCUGGGAGAAGGCCUUGCAGCCCAUCCAGGAGCGGGAGCUCUUGUUGGCACAGCUGGAGCGAUUUGAGCAAGAAGCCUCGGACCCCAACCGCUUCUUCCUGAAGGUCGAUUAUGACCUCUGGCGCUGGACAGAAGAGUCCCAGAUCCGCAGCAACUUAUAUGCUAAGAUCAGUAGAGUGGAAGCCUUGCUGACCAGGCUCCUUCGGGACAUCCAGAUCGCCUUUGGGGACUCGGUGACAUACAAGGGGCGGUGCUAUCUGGAGAAGAUGAAGAGGGACAAAGUGGAGAUGUUGUACUGGUUGCAGCAGGAACGGCGGGCCAAGAAGCUGGCCCGUGCCCAGAAGGGCUCACGACUGCCUUCCCUUAACUCCAAAAACACAGGAAACUCAGAAAAUGGCCUCAUUUCCUCUCCCAGAAAUGUCUAA